AUGUCGGCGAGCUAUCCGACUCCACCGAACGGAGCCGCGCCCUACACGCCGACAGGUUCCUAUCCACCGCCUCAAUAUGGGUAUCCUGGGAUGGAUCAGUACGGACAGGUUUGUCGUUUUUUUUCACAAAUAGUUCAAAGAAUGGGCCAAAACAUUUCACAUGUUUCAAUCCAUCAGUUUUUUUAAAUCUUGCUCUGAAAACAAGCUUUCAUCGGUUCGAAACUGUGAUCUCAGAUGUAGCUCAUAUCUGAAAAAAAAGGAAAAUUAAACAAAUUUUGAAGGAGAAUCUUGAAAAUAUAAUCUUGCGAGAUUCACAGAAUUCAAUGUUUUCAAACUUUCGAUUCACAACCGUCUGAUAAUCUUUGAAAGCAAAAAACGGAAGUUAACAAUUUCACAAGCCCCGCCUACUUUUCGGAGCCUUCCAGUGGCCUAACCUUUUUUUUCUCGGGAGCUUAUCAUUGAGAGAAACUUUCUAGAAUCCGUACCCAUCGACGUCGAUUGGCUACCCGCCGAUGCAGAGCAACGCGGGAGGUGCGCCUAAGCCGCAGACUGGCCAAGCAGCUGCUCCAGCUCCGCCGGCUGGCUACGACCCGCGCACCAACGGGUUCGUCCAAUUUCACUCAUAAUCUUUUAAUUGUUGUUUGUGUCAAAUGCGACUUGGUGUAGCUCUAGUAACCUGUGGCUACAACUUGAAAGAUAUCAGCAAACAUUAUCACAUUGAGGGACUUCGAAGAACUUUUCCAAAGAGGAAGAAUAGUCAUAGAUUGAACUGAUAUUGCUACUUUCAUAGCUUGUUGAAGUCACAAAGAAGUAUGGAAAAAAAGUUCUUAGGAAAAAUAUGUUCCUUGAACUGGUCGGAUACCCUUGAGGGAAAAAAGGUGAAAGGACGACAACUGUAAAAGUUUCACAUUCCAGUUUCAAUACUUCAUUCGCCGAAAACUGAUAAUUUUUCAUAGAAUUUCAUUUUGCGCCGACUUUAAAGAACUCCAAAAGCAAUGAAAACAAACGCACAACGCGCAAGUCGGUUUAAGUUGGGUGCUCCAAAAAAGCCAAAGCUCAUUGUUUGAGUUCUUCUGUCUUCUGAAUACGCGCUUCCAAAGUUGCCAGCGGCUCUGAAAAUUGGAAAACAAAAACUAUCAAGUCUAAAACAGUUUUUCAGAGAUGCUUAAAAAUCAAAAAGUUAAAAAACGAUUGAGACAAUUUCUCUCUCUCAAAAAUAUAAAAAUUCGUCUUUCCAGGUACAUGGGCUACCCUGGUCAGAACCAAAACGGAAGUCUGAUGCCACCGCCGCCGUUGAUGUCGCCGUCCGGAAACCCGAUGCAAAGCGGCUAUCCUCAACAUCAACCAAUGCGGCAGAACUAUCCGUUGCCGAAUCCCUACCAGCAAACUGCAAAUCCGAUCCAGCAGCCUCCGACCACAAUGCCAACCAGUCAUAUGAUGCAAAAUGCAUCGACCAGUGCGAAUAGUCAAAUGCACCAUCAAGUUCAACAAGUUCAGCAACAACAACAACCGCCGAAUUUGUCUGCUCAGGUGGAUUUUUCGAAACGACCAGGAAAGAGAAAAGAAAAUUCUAUGACAUGAAUCUUCCUUAAAACUCAAAAGAAACGAGAAAAUGAAAAUGACCCCACAAAAAAAAAACUUUGUUAAAAAAUCUCACCGCCGCUUCAGAUGAGCUUUAAAUUGAAAUCUAUUUGAAAGCAUGAAAAGAAGAAGCGGAUUUUCGGUCUAAAGAGGUUUUUUUUUUACAGCUGAAACGAUUUUUUUGGAAAUCACUUACUGAAAACAGUAUCGAACUCAGAAGAGAGCCUGAAAAACAAUAAAUCCAGAAAAAAAUACCAUUAUUUUUUUCUUAUUUUUUUCCCAAGCUUUUUGGAGUUUCCUCUGCGAAAUCAGAUCGAAUGCAAACCAUUUCUCAUUUUCUUCAAACUCAACAUGAAAGGGCCAAUUAUUGCCUUAUUCUUGGUCAGUAUCGCUGUCAGAAUAAUCUCUCAGAUUCUGCUCCUUUUCUCUUGAAACAUAAAAAUCAAUCCACUCAGAGAAAUAUCAUAUUUUCAAAUAGCUUUCAAUCAAAAUAAAAGCUACGUAGCAAUCUCAUCCUCGUUUUUCUUCUUCAAUAACUAUAAUCAUCCUUCUGGCCAACCUCAGUUUACCGCUUCUACCGACAUAGUUAUUAUCUGUCCGUUUGACGCAUUUGACAAAAAAUACUAAUAGGUUACUAGAAAACAAGCAAGCGUAAGUGGAUAUUAAUCUCCUAAUGAAAGGAUUCGUGAAUGAAUAGACGUCAGCCCGGCGGCAAGUGCAAUUUUUUUUCCUUCUCACCUCAUUUCGCUUUUCAAAUUUUUUGUGUCUCAUUUUCAGGUGGUGAAAUAAUUUUUUUUUUCUCGAAACAGAAAAAAUCAAAUUUUUUGUAGUGUAGCAAACAACUUUUCUUUUGUAUACUUUUUUCCUCGGAGCUCAGAGCUUUAAUGCUUCAAAAAGGUAUCACGCGACAUCUUUCAAGUAUAAAAAAAAGUUUAGAGAAAACUUCUUGUCCUGCUUUUUGAGGUUUAGAUAAAAAGAUCGCUACAAAAAAAUACAUCUUUUGAAGCGAUAACAUCCGGUUGAUUUUCGAAACUUGAGUGAAAGAAUCUGAUGAUUUUUUUAAAACUUAUUCUCCCAAGUUGAUGCACCUUACAUUUUUCUAGGCAGUUCGAAAGAACAUUGAAACGUCUAAUAAAUGCCCAAAACUAAGCUCCGAAAUCUUUUAUUUACUUCUAUUUCCCUUGAAAAGCUUUGCAGGCUUCUAGCCGUUAUCAAGCAGUUCUAAAGUCUAGUUUAAAUUAAGCCACCUGCAUUUUCAUGACACUUCUUAUGAGUCUUUCUAAGUUAGACCCCUGUUAAAGUUUUUUUUUUCGCAGUGCCUACGAGAUUUCACUUGAGACCUUUUAUUAUAAGAAAACUGACUUGCCAUUGUUUUAAGAUCUCAAGAAGUUUUUUAUUGUCAAGAAUUUCUAUUUCUAACCCAAACAUAUUUCAGCAAAUGCAAAGAAACGCGAUGCAACAGCAGCAAAACUCGAUGAGUCAGAUGAUGCAGCAGAAUCAUAAUCAUAUGGCGCAAGCGAUGAACUACGGUCAAAUGCCCAAUGCCCAGCUUCCUCAACAACCUCAACACCAACCCCAACAGCAACAAGUUCAAUCUCAACCUCUGGCCCCUCAGCACAAUCCAAAGAGACCGGCUAGUGGAGGACAGCAACAGUUGCCCGGCAGAAGCCCAAUGAAUCAUAUGAUGCGCCAACAGUCUGACGGAAGCCUUCUCAGCCCUCAUGCGUUAGUUUUAACUGCAAUCAAGCAAAAAAUGUUCGGAUUUACGAUAAAGUUUGGUUUGAUGAUAAUAAAAAAAGAACUAUAGAUCAGCGAGAGAACAUACAUUGGAAAAAAGAGAAGACUUAGCAUCAGUUUUUUUUUAUUUGGAAAAUCGAUUAAGAGAAAGCUGUCUCGAGAAUUAAUCGAUUUCUCGUAACUCAAUUUGACAAAGAGAGUAAUGGGUAAAAUGAACGUUCAAGUUCAAUUUAUACCAUUGACUAAUAUCUCAAAAAUAGUGUAACUCACAAGAAAUCAUCAGAUAUCGUCUGUAUGCCAAGCCUUGGAAUUUCACCAAACGACUUUCCGCUGUUCCGCAACGUAGUUUCUUUGCGAGCCUCGGUCUCGCUUUGAAUGGGUUCUCAUUUCUGAUAAAUAGACUGUUCCACUAGGAACACGUGUUAGUCGAGUUCUUAAAUUGAAUAAAGAAUUAAAGGCGCGGCACAGCACGCAGCGGAACAGCGGAAUGUCGUUCGGUGAAAUUCCUAGUUGUGGUACACAGACUAAAUCAGUCACUUGAAACAUCAAAAUGCUUAUCGAAUUCGAAAAACAAGAUCAAAGUGAAAAUUUUUCAGGAACGGAACCUACCAUCCUCAAACGGCUCGUCAAAACUCGCAGCCAAGCCUUCAUUCGCCAGGGAUGCAGCAGCACCUGCAGAUGACCCAACAACAGCAACAUCAUGUUCAGCAACAGCAGCAAAUGGCUCAGCAGCAGCAUCUCGCCCAACCACAUCAUCAACAGCACUCCGCCAUGGCUGCUCAGGUUUCUGAGAACAAUGAUAAUGAAAAAUCACAACAACAGAUUGGACAUUAGAAACUUGCAAAAAAAAAUUCUCAGGUACUCUUUCACGAGUCCUGAAACUAUUCUGAAACUUUUGUGACUUCUUUUCUUUCUGGAAAAAAGCACGAAGCUUCUUAAGUGGCGUAUUUUUUGACUAUGAAAGACUAGGCUUAAAAAGUAGGUAUUUUCGCAAAAUAGAACUUGACAGCACAUAAAAGGAGUUCUGUCUAGUUUUUAGGAUAAUCCUGCUCUCAAAAAAUUAUUUUUUAAGAUCACCAAAAAGUUACCUUCCUCCUUCAGCUAAAACGUCUCGUAUCAAAUAAUGAAGCCCUCUUUUUCGAACUACAAGAAAAGAACAGUUUUUCAUCUAGCCGGAAUGUUGAGAAAGAAAUUCCACUACUUUAAUCUCCUUGAAAGCUUUCAGAAUUUUUUCCGUUCCUUUUGGAGAAAGCCUCUUUUCGAGCAAUUACAAAAAUUAAUUCCUUGUUAGAACAUGUACUAGUCUAAAAUUAAAGUUUAACACUGCCCUUAUAGUUUUUUCAGCGUGAAUAUUAUAAUGAGGUCCCUCAAAAGCUAGACAAGAUUCCAUAAAGUGCAGUGUAAUCUGUCAAGGGUUUCUUAAACACAUAAGUAGUCAUGCAAAAAAAAAGAAGUUCUGAAGAAAAACGUACUCAAAGUACAUCUUUUUUCUUUAUUUUUGAACAAGAGUAGUAUGCAACCCUGUUGACUCAACUCGGAGUUUGUAUUUAAGAAUUUCGAUUUCGGAUCUUGCCAAACCUUUCUACGAAGAUCAAUUCAUCCGCGCCGAUUAAAAAAUAAACUUCGGAAGAAGCUGCUUUCGAAAAUGCGUAAAAGAAAACCAUCAAUGUCUGAUGAAUCAAUUUAAAUAGAACUCAAUAUGAAAUAUUCCAAGUAAAUUGAGUCAUCAGCUUCAAUAUUUUUUAUUUUGAGCAUUCCUAAACUAACAUCGGUCGGAAUUUACAUGCUAUUUCUAAACAACUGCGUAGUUAAUUAAAAAUUCGAAAAAAUCAUCAUUCAAGGCUGAUGACUCAUUUCACGUUUUCUAUCGAAAAUUCUCAUCAUCAAGGCUUACAUAAACUUUUCAUAUUCAGUAGAAAGGUGCAAUUCCAAGUUAAUUAAAAAAAACUGAUGUUAGUUUAGGAAUGCUCAAAACAAAAAUAUUGAAAUUGGUGACUCAGUUUACUUAGAAUAUGAAUAUUUUCAUAUUGCGUUUUGCUCACCCUUCCAUAUCUAGUGGAAAGUGCAGUUUUUCAUCAUAUCUGUAAAGUUAAACUUUUUUGCAGCAACAGCAACAACAGGCGGUAAGCAACCAGCCAGGCAGCAUGGGGCCGCCCAUGAUUCCGCCCAACGCGCAGACGACCACCUUCUCAAAGCCGCCGACUCAGCAACAGCUUCAGAGCAUGCAGAAGCAUCAGGGAAUGGUCAUUGGUCCAACCGGCUCCGGUCCGUCCUCCGUCGACUAUGCUACCAACUCUUCAGCUCCAUCGCCUAGGUAAGAAUAGAUUUCUGGCAGAAAAGAUGUCAAUCUCUGCAAACAUAACAAAAGUUUGAGAUUUCAUCAUGGCCGACCUCGAAAAAGGGUUCAAUUCUUCUUGCCAAUCAUACUGAUCUCAUUUUUGUACAGAAUUUAGAAUAACCAAACCGGAAUGCCAGACUUUGGAAAGAUUAACAUCAAGAGUUUACAUAUUUUUUCAAAAACAGUAUUGUCAGUUCUAGGAAAAAACUUCUUUCAUCAACCCCUCUUUUUUGGUUCAUGAGUCCAUUCCAAAGAAAAAACUCAUCAAAAACGUGAUCAAAGUGUGUUCCGACACGGGUUUUGAAUAGACAAUCUGGGAGAGUGAGAAAAUCGGCACCUUCAAACGUGUGAACAGUCUAACUAACUAGCCUUUCGAAAACCAUCCAAAAACACUUUGGCCUUUAUUGACUUGCUGAAAAACGGCCUUGAUGUAAAUUAGCAUCAAUUCACAACAUAUUAGAUAUAUUAUGUGGUAUUCUUUACGUUUUCUUUUCCUACGACAUGGGCGUAUGUAAUAUGUUCCUGGCCCGGCAAUCACUAAUACAUUUUUCAGCUGCUAUCACUUACGCCGACGGAUUAUGAUAAUGGACUUUUCUGUAAUUAAAUACGCUCACGAUCCGAAAGCCUUUCCUUUUUCAUUUCUUUGGCUUAGUUUCUGACUCUCACAUACGAUUUCCUGGCUUUUCAUGUUAUUUUUAGUAAGAUUGCAUUGACAGGUGAAAUUUGGAGGAGGGCAGAUGUUGGGUUUACGACGCGCAUAUUUUAUUUUUCUCAAGGUUCCAUCUCACUUUUUAGUUUGGGAACAAAUAUUUUUGAAAGAAUAAAAUAAAAACACUUCAUUUUUCUUUUUGGUUUUUGAACUGAAUUCUGGUGUUAAGGUUGAAUAAUGUUUAUCACUAUUAAGUUAAGAUGAAUCAUUCGUCCUCUAUCUGCAGGAAAAACUUCGAAUUCCUAUUCAACAUCAUAUAACUGUUUCAAAGAAGAGAAGGACCCAAAUCUUUAGGUUCCCGGAUAGAAUGCCCUCGCCUCCACGCUUCGACACGCCCUUCACCUCCGUCACUCACUACGACAUGCCGCCGGCUCAUUAUCAAGCUCAGGAAACUUUCAAGGUGAGCGCAAGUGUUCAUACCUAUCAGGUAUCUAUCACGCAAAGUGCGAAUGCCUCGUUUUUCAAGCCGAAAAAAUAAUUAAAACCUCACCAGGGGUUUGACCAUCCUCAUCUGAAUGUCUCGAGAUUCCGCUGAAAAUUGAGAUGAAGUCAAAAACAAAUCACGACUCGGAUUAUAUCACACGUUACGUUGUUCGCUUUUUGUUACGUUGAAAGCCGCAUGAGCCUUGGAUUUUAGGUGUUUUGAGGCAGGAGAUAAGAGUAAUUUUGCAGCGGAUUAAUCCCCAACUCCAGCGUUACUUCCAGCGAACCAAGCAACCGCUUCGACUACCGUACCCACGCCCUACUCAAGUGAGUAUGCGAUUCUGACGUAGGCAAUUCAGAAGGAGAUCAAGAGAAAGAUUGAGAAUAGGAAAGGGAAACCAAACAAUAAAUAAUUGUCUUCAUUGAAACGAAAUCUUGAAAGAAAUGAACAAACCCUAAGGCCUCGUUUCCGCGUUUCGAAAAAAAGAGUUUUGAAUUGAAACUUUUGGUCGACGCCUUUUGAAGUAUUUUCCAACGGAUUCAAACAUGAAUGACGUCAUCUGGGUGUCCGUGACGUCAUUACUUAUUUAUUCAAAGCUUUCACUCUUGAACUCGCCGAAAAGCCUCAUAAUAGAACACAGUUCUUCAUAGAGUUAAUACAAAUUUUGCACUUCCUAAAUUUUUUUUUUUUGAAAAGACAAACCAAGUCCAAAAAAAAUGACGUCAUUUUUCACCUAGCAUUUUGAGGUUAACCGAGAAAUGAAAAUCCCUUCUGAAAAAUUUUUCCCAUUGAGAUUCGUUUUUAAAAUUUGAGAUUUUAAGAAACACAGAAAAGGGCGAAAAGGGAAUGAUAAAAACGAUUUUGAAAAGAGUCAUAAUUCCAGAUCGCGCCUCCUGUCGAGCCACCAACCUUCGGAUUCCUACGCGACACCAAGUACUUCGAGCUGCGAUUCGAGCGUCGCGCCGCUAACCACAUGCCGCCGCCACCGGCGCCUUUGAACCGGUCGCAGUCUAUGUAAGGCCCAGCUUUGGUGUCGGCACGACGCUCGAAAUCGAUCUGCAAACAAAAAAACAAUAAUGAUCUAAAAUUGAAAAAAAUUCAUUUAUAAAUUCAAUUCCAUGAAUGUUUAAAUGAGCAAGAUGAAAUAUUUAAAAAAACGUCGAAGAUUUUUUUCGGCUGUACUUUGAAUCUUUUUGAAAAAUUUUUACACAAAAUAUCUUAAAAUCCUGUAUUGAUUAGGAAGAUGAAAAUUAAAACAUCCAUUACAGGCAGUCGCAAAUCAUGUCGCCGACAUAUUCCAACUCCCCAGGCCCAAUGAAACCGGCGACCAAAAAAGCUAGAAGUGGUGAGAAAUAGCAGUACUGAAAAUUUGAAGAAAGAACCUUCAAAGCUGAGAAUUAUCAGCUUUUCUGUGGCUUAAUAUCAAUCUUUUUUUUGGGCGCAAUAAACGAUUUUUCUUUGUUUGCUGUGCCAAGAACUUCAUUGAAAAUUUCUCGUGUUUUUUCAAAUCUCCAGUGAAUUUUUUUAAACUUAGCGCUAGCGUUAAGUUUUCUUGAGCAACAGAAAUCUAACUUACGACUUCCAAAACCAUGGAGAUUCCCUCGAAAUGUCCGUCAAAACAUUCCAAAAUUUUCCAGCUUCCGAUUCGGACGAGGCUUUCAACGCUCUCAGUCUCCAGCAGAACAUGAUGAACCAGCAGAUGAUGAACGAUCAGCAACAGCGUCUUGCCAUGCCUCAGUACAUGAUGGAGCAGCAGCAGAUGCAGCAACAGCCUCAGUACAACAACGGAGGAAUGCCGCAGCAGCACCGCAACAUGGUCCCCCAAAACGGAUACAUGAUGCAGCAGAUGAACGACCCUAAUGGUUCGUUUUCGAGUCGUUCAAGGGUCUUUGGGCUGAAUUUUUGAAUGAAGAAGAUGAAGGGGACUAAUAGAGAAUCCGGUUUCAUGAAAAGUUCUAUACUUUUUUGUUUUGCUGACUUUACUUCUAGAAAGAAUGGUAUAUUCCAGCCCGCCGCCAGUCCUACCAGCCGCAGCAAAACGGCGUUCCAAUGGACAUGAACCAAAUGGCUGGCCGACGCGAGUUCAUGCCCCCAUUGGAGCUGCGCUGCACCCAGUGCUCUCAUCCUAUCGCGGUAAUUUCGAGUCAUAAAGAAAUGAUAAAAAAAUUUAUAAAUUUUUCAGCCGGGAGCCCAAGCGAUGCACUGCAUGUACGACCAUUGCAAGAACGUCUUCCAUAAGGUUUGUAAAUCGAAAUAAAGUCUGAAAAAAAGCUGAGCAUACGUUGUUUCUGUUUUUUUACGGUCAUUUUUUGUAAUCUUCUGGAGAAUAGCUGCCUAAAAAUGACUUUGAGCCAAAUGUGAAACUUGACCAUUAAACGACUUGCGCAGCAACCUUGAAAACCUCGGAGUUGACAAAACUUAGACUUCAAGAUGUUCGAAUUUCUUAUUCGGACUUCGCGCAUUACAAAAAUUUAUAGUUUUAAAAGACAGGAAAAUAAAAAAAACUUAAACGGCAACCGACCAUUCACGGUUUCAGUCGUUUAUGAUCGAAAGAAUAUAAACCUUUUCUUCAAAGUCAUUCUCAGCGUUUUCUUGACCUUAUCCCAAGUUUUCAAUUUCAGGAAUGCACUGGUCUCCUGCCUGAGGCCUUCGCCCGUUUGGAAGGCGAGCACGCCCAAGUUCGCUGGACCUGCAACCAGUGCACCAUUGCUGCCGGCCAGCGUUAA